UCCACGGUCCGAGCCCAAAUCCUCCGUCGCCCACAACUCGUCCGCAAGCCAGCCGUAGUGUGUGUUUUUCUUGUGCUACCCACUCCCACUUUUGGGAUACAUAUAAAAGUGCCACCCCGCCAUCCCCAAAAAAAAAAAACGCCUCAUAGAGGAGUGAAAUUUUAAACAAGUGUUACCUAAGCCCAAACCGCAAAGAAACCACAACAAAAAGGGAGCAGUAGUUGAAGGUUGCGGCAAAAUGGCCCAGUUUGUGACCCACAUCCAGCCCACGCUGAUGGAGGCGUCCCAAGGUCAUGUGCCCCACCACCACGGACAUCAGGUGGGUGUGCAGCACUCGUCGCAUCUGCCCCACAGCGGCCAUAACAUGCCCUCGCCGCCCACCCACAAUCACCAUCAUGCCCACGGACAUGUUCAUCAUACCAGCAGCGGUGGUCAUCAUGGAGGAGCAGGUGGCCAUUCGCACAAGCAGUCAGCACAUCAUAGCACCACCUCCGGCCACGCCUCCAAGGGACAGCACCACAGCCCGCCGUCGAGGAUCCAUUCACCGCCGACGGAACACCAUCCGGAUCAUAUCGGUCACUACGAGUACUUCCAGCAUCAGCACGAGCUGAUCUUUCACCAUGAAGGAGCAAACGGUGGCGCCAGCCACAAGCAACAGACCCACCAUCAUCCCAACAAGCACGAGCACUGCCCCACAGGACACCAGAGUGCGGUUUAA